AGCAGGAUGGGUGAUGCUCAGCGCUCCCUCAUUAGACAACAGACACGAGAGGUCAGGAAGAAAGCGCUUAUAAAUUACCGUUUCCUCCUUCGCAACCCGCUUAGUUCUGCUUGCCGCUCUCCCCGGGACAGACCCACGGACAGCUAAGAGGCUGGACAGCUACCUGGACAGAGAGGAGCCGCUGCCACAGUUAAUCUUAUAGCACUGCCAACCAGGAGAGAGAUAACUUUUGCCAGCCAUCAAAAACAGGAAGAGAAAAUCCAUUCUGGAGAGACUCUUCUUCAUCGCCUCACCCUAUGGAGGAACCAGCACUGCCCAUCCACAUUGAGGAGGGGACAGAAGUUCCAACUGAAAACAAAAACAUGGCAACAAAGGAGAAGCUGCAGUGUCUAAAAGAUUUCCACAAGGACAUUCUGAAACCUUCUCCUGGCAAGAGCCCUGGGACACGGCCUGAGGAUGAGGCAGAGGGAAAACCGCCGCAGCGUGAAAAGUGGGCGAGCAAGAUUGACUUUCUGUUGUCUGUGGCUGGAGGGUUUAUCGGAUUAGGCAAUGUUUGGAGAUUUCCGUAUCUCUGCUAUAAAAAUGGCGGGGGUGCAUUUCUUAUACCUUAUUUCAUUUUUCUGUUUGGGGGAGGUCUUCCUGUGUUUUUCCUGGAGGUGGCACUAGGACAAUAUACCUCUGAAGGAGGAAUUACAUGCUGGGAAAAGAUCUGCCCCAUUUUCACCGGAAUAGGUUAUGCUUCCAUCGUGAUUGUGUCACUUCUGAAUGUGUAUUACAUUGUCAUCCUGGCCUGGGGACUCUACUAUCUAUUCCAGUCUUUUACCAGUGUCCUGCCUUGGGCUCUCUGUCACCAAAAGUGGAAUUCAGAACACUGUGUGGAAGACAUUCUCAGGCACAACAAAACACUUUGGUUGUCAGCAAAUGCCACUAACUUCACUUCUCCUGUCACAGAGUUUUGGGAGAACAAUGUCCUGAGCUUGUCUUCAGGAAUCGAUAAGCCUGGCGUUGUCAAGUGGGACCUGGCUCUUUGCCUCCUUCUCGUCUGGGUAGUAUGUUUCUUUUGCAUUUGGAAAGGUGUGAAGUCCACUGGGAAAGUUGUGUACAUAACAGCAACAUUUCCUUUUGUCAUGCUUUUUGUACUGUUGAUUCGUGGUGUCACUUUACCUGGAGCUGCAGAGGGCAUAAAAUUCUAUCUUUACCCUGACAUCUCUCGCCUGUCGGACCCACAGGUCUGGAUAGAUGCUGGGACACAGAUCUUCUUCUCCUAUGCAAUCUGCUUAGGUGCAAUGACUUCCUUGGGGAGCUACAAUAAAUACAAAUACAACUGCUAUAGGGACUGUUUGCUGCUGGGAUGCCUGAACAGUGGUACCAGUUUUGUGUCUGGCUUCGCAAUUUUUUCCGUCCUGGGCUUCAUGGCACAAGAGCAAGGGGUGGACAUUGCUGAUGUGGCAGAGUCAGGUCCAGGCCUGGCCUUUAUUGCCUAUCCAAAAGCUGUGUCCAUGAUGCCACUCCCAACUUUUUGGGCUAUUCUUUUUUUUAUUAUGCUUCUGUUGCUUGGCCUGGACAGCCAGUUUGUUGAAGUUGAAGGACAGAUCACAUCUUUAGUUGAUCUGUACCCAUCCUUCCUAAGGAAGGGUUACCGACGGGAAAUCUUCAUCGCUAUAAUAUGUUUCCUCAGCUAUCUUCUAGGACUAACUAUGGUGACUGAAGGUGGCAUGUAUGUGUUUCAACUCUUUGACUACUAUGCAGCUAGUGGUGUAUGCCUUUUGUGGGUUGCAUUCUUUGAAUGCAUUGCUGUAGCCUGGGUUUAUGGCGCUGACAAUUUUUACGAUGCCAUUGAAGAUAUGAUUGGUUACCGGCCUGGACCCUGGAUGAAAUGGAGCUGGAUUCUAAUCACACCGAUUCUCUGUGUGGGGUGCUUUAUCUUUUCUCUGGUCAAGUAUAAACCACUGACCUACAACAAGGUGUACAUAUACCCUGAAUGGGCAAUUGGCCUGGGCUGGAUUCUUGCCCUCUCUUCUAUGAUUUGCAUCCCUUUGGUAAUGGUCAUCCGCAUCAUACAGUCAGACGGCUCUCUCAUUGAGCGAGUGAAGGCCGUGGCUGCCCCCCGCGAGAUGACCCAGUGGAACAAAGAGACGGAGAGCGCCGCCCCAUUCUGCCCCCCCGGGAUGGCCAACGGGGAACUGAUCAAGCCAACUCAUAUCAUCGUGGAGACAAUGAUGUGAGCUCUCUCUGUGAGAGGAAGAUGCCUGCUUUGAAACUGCUGUUUACUAACCAUAGAAUCUCUCAUAGGACCAGGUUUACAGAGCUUUAUAUUUGCACUAGGAUUUAUUUUUAUUUCUCACAGAGAAAGUUAUUUUUUGUGUGUUUGGUUUUUAUUUUUUAAUAUUUUGUAAGGUAAAUCACAGCGGUUGCCUCUUGCUCUCUUUCGAGGCAGAGCUUUCAUAUCAGACUAGGCACACUGCAGGAAUUUACGACUUCCCCCACACACAACAUAUCCAAUUAACUCCUAUCCGUAACACCACCUUGCCACUUUGUGUUGAUUUUCUUGCCAGCAAUACACACAGGCUGCAAUCUUAUGCACACUUACUCGGAAGGACGCCCCGCUGCUCCAGUGGAAGCUGCUUCUGAGUAAAUAUAUAUAUAGGAUUGCACCGAAACACACUUAUCUAAAUAUAUGCAUAUACAAGCCUCAGAUUUCUUUAGGUGCUGGUGUGGUUGGGAACAGGGUAAAACAAACAGUUGCAAAAUGCAAGCCUCUCACUGGAGAAAAUGGCUUUUGUAUAAUGUGUAUGUUGUUUUUAAGAAACUUGCUCUGGUUGAAGUGGGGAGAAGCAAAACGGCUGUGAUGUGGGCUGUGGUCCAUGCAAGAAUGUGUGUGUACGUUUAAUUGGAAUCGCUGCAAUAUGGGGCAGGAACUGGGAGCAGUGUGGAAUCGAGGGAGCAACCCAGGCAGCAGCCAUCUCUGGGCACCUUCCGGCCUGAGCAUGCUGCAAGGAAGACGCGGGGUGGUGCUGGCUUACGAGACGCUCUGCCUGAAAGUGCCUCCUGGGGCAGGGAGGGACUGCUUCCUCCCCCAGAGGUCGCAGCAGACGCCUGGCCUCAUAAGGCCACAUGGGAGGAGCUUCUGUGUAGACUUCAGGGAAAGUCAUGGGUACUGUUGCGUUGAUCUACUGUUGAUGCCAUGGAAGGGUUUCUCCAGAACCAAGUAGGGGCCCAAGCCCUUCUGACAUGAUGCUAAGACACGAGUGACUCGCCAGAUCAGGCAAAAUGGCUGAGCAGCACGAUGCAGGGAGGGGAGCGGCCUGUUCCCUGUAUAUGAAGUGCUUUUUGACUAGGUUUCUCUUAGAGCAUUAAGCUGAUGUCAAAAAGCGUGUAUUACGGUCAUGCUGCAAAAGUGCUGUGCAAUUCUAAAGUCUGCCAAAAUGUAUCGUUAUCAGGACACAAAAAGGAGUGUUGGGCUUAUAUCGCCAAAGUCAGGUCAGUUGCAUUGCGCUCAGCUCAGAAUCAAAGAGGGCCGCUAGAAGCGCUCGUCAAGCUACUGCCAGAGACACUGAGAAGACUCUCAGCGAAGAAUGAAAGAAAGACAGUAUGUAGCUGUAGAGCCUAAUAUUCACAGACAGAAUCAACACAGUUAUCAUUCAGAAAGGAGAAAGCACAAGGAGAUGAAGUCAGCUACCAAAGCCUGCCUUCUUUCUUUCGAUGAGGCAUGAAACACCUGCACAAGAUUUUCAUCAGCAAAUUAAAUAUUAAGAACUUUCCCACUUUCUUCAGAUACUGUAGAAGGAUUUGCUUCUAGAAAACUGACCUCAAGUUUGACAAAGCCCUGUUUUUAUUAUCCUGCAUAUUCAAUGCUGGAUAAAGCCUUUAGUCUCUGUUAUAUGGGCAUUGCUCUUUUUGAAUGCCCCUUUUAAUUUAUUAUUGCAGUAAAACUUUAGGUAGGAGUAUAAGCCAGACACAGCAGCAAAGCCUUUACCUAUGUGAGUAUAGCCAGUUUAGUCUGUCAGUGACAGAUACUGUAGCUUAAACUGGAACCUAGCCAGUAUUUAAAAACAUUCCUAAAUGCAUCUUUUUAAAACAAGAAAAACUUAAGAAACUAUGUGCAGCCUACACUUUCAGUGGCCAUCGCAUAUUGGUUAUGCACAAGCUUGCUAAGGCAAUUCAGUUUUUAUAUAUAAUGGAAAGAACAACUUUAAAUAAAAAGGACCAAAGCACAGCUAUUCCGAGUGUCUUGUAUAGCUCAUGUUUUGUUGUAGGUAGAGUGUGUGACUUAUUUCUGUAAGGGAAAGGAGCCUGCUGUCAACCUGGGUGGCUGAAGUCUGGAUGCUUCCGUCUGCCAGUUAUUAUCCCACUGUGAGAGGAUGCAGACUAUACAGUGACAAGAGGGUGGCAUCGUCAGAUCCUGCCCUUUUAGAAAUGGUUAUCUCCUUGCUGCAUAAUGGCUAAUGAGAAGAUUGAAACAGUAAGAAGUCUGAGGGGACCCUGCUGUUCUCCUUACACUGUGUGCGCUUUGCCAGACUCUCUAGCCUAAACUCUACUGUAACCCAGAGCAAGAUUCCAGUUUUAAUGCCACAAAGCGCAGGGCGGCAGACUCACGUUACUGAAAGGCAGUGAGGAGAUGAUAGGUGAGAGAGCAGUCAUAACCAUUAAUUCUCCUGGUGCAUGUUGUGCUACAGAUGGUGCAAUAUUUUGUGGAAGAAAUGAGUUCAGGACUUUUAAGGCAGAACAGCUGCUGAGCCAGAAACAGAUACCAGCUGUGGGGCACAGAGGAUCAGUCCAGCUGAGGAAAAAUGGUUGCCCAUUUUGAGGUUAAGCUGUGCUGUUUGAUUUGGUUACCUCUGUGCUGAAGUGGAAGAUUUUUGUUUUUUUAAAGGCAUGUACACAAUUAUUUUAAAACGGGGGCUGGAUAACUUGUAGGCUAAACCUUCUAGAAGACCACAACUCCCAUCAUGCCUCACCACUGGCUGCUGGCUAGAGCAGAUGGGGUUGAAGGACAAAAUCCCUGGAGGGUCACAAGUUGCCCACCCUGCCUUAAAAAGUACUCUGGCUGGUUCGUUUAACUGAAAAGAGAGGGGCCUGUUGUCAUUUAACAGAACGAGGCCCCAUACAUCUUCCCUGGGUUUUCUGUUGCAAGGAGCACAUUUUUCACUUCACACAAUAUUUGAACAUGGAAUGUGGUAAAUAUGAAUGUCAACAGUAGAUUCUGCCAAAUGAAAGGGCAGGGGGUGGGGCGGGUGGGGGUGGGCUGGGGUAUGUUGUAAACAGCUGUUUGUAUUUUCUACUUAUUAUUGCAAAGAGACUGAUUUUUUCCAAUUUACUUUGUAGAAUUUUGUGGCCUAUUUUAUCUGUCAUUUGUAACAAAAGUUAAAUAUUCAGUAUUGUGACUAACUGUUGGUGAACUGGCUUGGAUAUGGGGAGAUGUGGGGUGAGGGAGCAUGGACUAGCCUAAAUGUUUGUUCAGAGAAAUAACUGCAUUUCAAAAAUGGGGUGGUGGGAAAAAUGAAAUGUGACUUCAAUGGUUUGUCAGUUCUGAACAGUGGCGUGCUUUCUAAGAUGUGUUCUGAAUUUUGAUGAUGCCCAGAAAAGUUAUGAAAAGACCAGUCCGGUUAAAGUCAGUUGAACACACACGUUUCUGUACUCUGAAGGCAGCCUCUGCUUGUCUGAUUCUGACCAGAACUGUUUCCAGAGUUAGCUGGAAGUUUGUGUCCUUCUCUUAAUCAGCUUUUCUGAAGUGUCAAAUCCAGUCCUCAUCAGUCCACACGACAAAAUGGGAGUUAGUGCAUCAGUGAGUCCCAGCUGAGCAGCUGGGCUGCUUGUUGCUUGGGCGGCAACAGCUGCACAGCUGUUGAGGUAGACCUGGUGGAGCUGAGUAGCUAGAGGAGAAGCAGGUUCUGCAGACCUGUGGGAGGAAUCCCGGAGCCCUGUUUGGCAUAAAAGUAUUUUAAGUGCCAUCGCAUUCAGCGGGGUACAAAGACAUAGGUCUGCGUAAUAUUUCUUACUCUCCAGUUCUGUCCAUCAGUCAGUACUGGGAAGGUGUACACUUUUUGCAGCUUGCUUCUGUUGGAAGGAGUUGAGCUGAAAGCCCUUGGUUAACAGAUCCUUUCUUGCAAGGGCCUCUUUGAGCCCGUGGCUGCUAAAUGCUAAAGGCCUCCUGCACCUCAGACGUGACUCCCAUGCUGUACUGGGUAAAGCAUGUUGGCUGAUGGAACUGGGCUGUGAAGAUCAGGCAUGCUUUGAAAGACAGCCAUGCCCCUACUGAGGCACUACAUCUAUUUAGUAUUGUCUAUUACUAAGUUAACUUUUUCUUCUCUGUGGAAGAAGGUGGAGAAGAAAACACUUGCUUUUUAUCUCUUUGGAAGAUGGACUUUUUUGCCUUGCUUGAUUUUCCAAGAAUUCUACAGUAGCAUAAAAGGACUGGGCUAACUUUCCUGUAUGAGAAUCCAAAAUUCAGAUGUUUAGACAGGAGGCAGCUUGGAACCAAAUCAAGGUUGAAAUGCAGUCGAUCCUCAGCGCUCUCAACACAAUGGGCCCAAUAUUUGGUUCAAACACCAGUCCUUGAGCCUUACUAAAGUUUGACCAUGGAUAGAAGGUGAUGCCUUGCAUGGAGCAUUAAGGAACACUGGCAGCAGGGAGGUUUUUGCAAGUCACCGGGACAUGCCUUCUGCAGUCUUGGUCUGCUUCAGUCAAGUGCAGAUGCUCAUGAUACUAAUCACUUGGCAGGAAGUAUGUCAUUUUCGACCAGCACGUGCUGGCUUUAUAAUUCCAUCUUUGACCAGAAUUUAGUGUAUGCGACCAUCUCUGUUGAACAACUUCCAUUCUCAUCCAAAACUCCUGAGAGUCCAAUCUACCAUUCAGUUCAGCGCAAGUACUCUGAUUUAAGACAGUUAUUGACUCCAGUGGUACUGAAGCUGCAGGAGUCCAAGCAGCCAUAAGAAUACUUAUUUGUACAUUAUUAAAAGGUGAACCCUGCCCCCACAACAUACAACAUGCAUGGCUUUACAGGAAAUAAAACAUGGCCAAUCACUUUAAAUAACAACUUAAGCAUAAAUACCCUUUGGUUUAAAAGAGGGGGAAAAUGUAAUAUAGAAAUGUAAUAAUCCUGGCAAUUUGCUUGAGACCUAUAGAAGUAGGUCUGAAAAUUAGUCUAAUGAAUUUGGAUUUACAUUUUUAAAAGAGAAAGAAAUCUUCAUGGAAUAAAAUAUGGGGAAAGAAAAGGAAAGCCCAGUCUCCUUUUUCUAAAAUCAUGUUUACAUUUUUCACAUGUCAAAAUAUGCUUAAUUUCUACCUACUUAGUCAGGGUUUGUCUCAGUUUCACCAGCUACUCAGCCCAGCAGCCUGAACCUAAACAUGUUUGCUUGCAAGCAGGACACUGCAAGUUCAAUGUAACUUACUUUCUAGUAAGUACAUUUAGGCCUGGAGCCUUAAAUCUAGUUUUGCUGGGGUUGGGGGUGGAGGUGGGGAGCAGAGGGAUAUCUAGCUCAGAUACAAGUGCUGGAAGCAAAAUGGUGUACAUACAUGCUGAAAAAAUCGGCUCUCCUCUUUGGAGAGCCAGGCAGGUUAGCUGAAAAGCUCUCUCUGGAAAAGCAGUCUGCCUGAUGAGCUCCCAAAAGACCGACUGAUGAUCAGCUGCAGGAAAUCAUUGGAGGAGUUGACACUUCAGCAGCGUUACCUGUCAGCGCGAGUGUGUCUCUUCGAAGGACAGACAGGUGGUAGGAAGCAGACCGAGCAGGGGGGUCUCUCACGAGCCUGGCCCCCCACCCCGGGCAGGCAGUGCGAUGCUCUGAUACAUUCACUGUCGUAAUAGAACAUUGUUGUGUUGUUGCUGUAUUGUGCUGUUGCAGUUUUGAAAGGAAUGCAAUUCCAGGGGCUUUAUGGUUAUAAAAAAGACCUCUUUAUUCUACUGAAAAUGGUGAGCAUUUUUAAAUUAUUAUUUACAUUCACUAUUGUGACUACUGUUUGCAAUGAGUAGGCACAUGGAUUUAAGGGGGCACAGAAGCGUCCUCCUUUUAAAAAUAAUUUUUAAAAUAAUUUUUAAAAGGCAUUUUAAAGCAAUUUGUCAUCCUUAUUUUUUGGACAGGAUUAUUUGUAAAGGAGUAAAGAUUUGGCGUGUUCUUCAUCCCUGAAAAUUUGGGGGGUUUUGUGUAUACAGUAAAUGUUUGUAUUUUGCAGUUUUAUCUCUUUUGCUUUUUAGAUAAAGAAAAUGUAUAUGGAUAUUUUAAAGUCAUUUUUGCUUUUUUAGAUGAGUUUGUAAUCAUCACAACAGACAAAAAAAUAAUAAAAAACCAUUUCCUUUA